GAAAAAGAAAAGCAAAAAGAAAAAAAUUAAAGAAAAAAAUAAAAAUAAAAAUUGCAAAUUCUUUUAAUUAUCAUUCAUUAUUUAUUAUUGAAUUAAUCAUUAUUGUUAUGUUAUGGAUGAACCAAUACAUAAUCAUAUUAUGGAUGAAUCAAAUAAUUUACCAUUUAGUAAAAGUGAAGUAACAUUUUUAGUGAUUCUAUUUGCAGCAGUUAUCAUAUUAGCUGUAGUUGGUAAUACAAUUGUAUGUAUAUUAUUACGUUUUCAUUAUUGUAAUCUAUUUAAAUGUUUUACAAAUACAUUAGGAUGUAAAAAGAAAUCUACAUUAUCUAAAUCAGCUCAUCAUCAUCAUCAUCAUCAUCGUCAUAAUACUAAUAAUAACAAUAUUGAUCCAUGGGUUGAUGAAUGUCCAAGUAGUCAACAUGAAUGUAGUUGUGGUAAAACAUGUAUUGUACAAAAUACACAUCGUUAUGUUAUAUUUAAAUCAAUGCAUAAACAAUAUGAACAAGGUACAAGUGGUGGAAAUUAUGCUGGAUCUAUUACUGUAGCUAAUAAUAUAUCAUUAUUAUCAAAUGAAAAACGAACUAAUUUAAUAACAAAACAUAAAUGGAAAACAAAUAAUUAUUUAAGAGGAAUGCGUACAUCAAGUAUAACAAGUUUAUUUUUAUUUAAUCUUAGUUUAGCUGAUAUACUUAUGGCUGUAUUAUGUAUACCAAUAAAUGUUAUCACAGAAAUUAUUUAUUUAUGGUGGCCAUUUGGUGAAACAUUAUGUAAAAUUGUACCAUAUGCACAAGGUGUUAGUGUAUUUGUUAGUGCAUUAACACAUGUACUUAUAUCAUGGGAUAGAUUUAUUUUAGUAUAUUUUCCAUUAAAACCAAGAAUGACACAACGUAAAGCAAUUUAUUUAUUAAUUAUUGUAUGGAUAUUAGCAUUAAUUAUACCAUUACCAGUACCUAUUAUAAAUAAAACAAUAAAACGUGAUAAUGAAACAUUUUGUAUAGAAGAUUGGAGUUUAUUAUCAUCAUCAUCAUCAUCAUCAUCUAUUCAAACAAUAAAUAUAAAUAAUUUUACAAAUCUAGAACAAAUUAAAAAUGAAAUUACAAUACAAUUUAAUAAUAAAACAAUUAUAUUACAAAUUGAUGUUAUUUAUACAAUAUUAUUAAUGAUAUUACAAUAUUUUUUACCAUUAGGUAUGAUUUGUGGAACAUAUACAGCUAUAGGUAUUAAAGUUAUACGUUUACAAACACCUGGUGAAAGAGAUAAUGCAAGAGAUCAAAAAUUAACUAGAGCUAAACGAAAGAUGGUGAAAAUGUUAACAUUAGUAGCAUUAAUGUAUGGUUUAUCACAAUUACCAAGGCAUACAAUUUAUUUACAUGGAUUAAUUAAUCGUGACUUUUGGUUUAAAUCAUAUUCAAUUAAAGCAUGGGCUGCAGCAAAUUUUGCUCGGGAUUCAUCCACAUGUUAUAAUCCAUUUAUAUAUGCAUGGAUAAAUAAAAAUUUUCGACAAGAUAUUUAUCAUUUAUUUUAUUCAUGCUUUUUAUCUUGUUUUAAAAUACGUUUACCUAAAUUAACACGUUCAACAACUAAAACAAAUUUGUUAACACGUAACAACAACAAUAAUAAUAAUAAUAAUAUACAAUUGCCAAUCAUUCGUAUGAAUCAACCAUCAUCUAUAAAUGAAGGCAAUUCAAAUUCUAUUCAUUAUUUCCCUAUAAAUCAUUCAACUACUCAUAGUGAAUUACAUAAUAAAUCAAAUAUAAAUUGUAUUUCAGAUGCUUAAAAAAAAAAGAAAUACAAUAUACUACUAACAAUAACCACCACCACCACCACACCAUCACCAACAGCAUCACCACCACCACCACCACCAUAACAACAACAACAUAUUCAAGAUAUUUAAGUGGUGUUAAUGAUGUAAAACUAUCGAGAUGGAUUAUGUUUAAAUCUAUAUUGUUGAUUCUAAAUAGAAAGAAAAAAGAAGUUAUAAUGUAUUUUAUAUACAUUUACAUGUACCAUUAUUACUAUCUAUUAAUUCAGUAUAAUAUUGUGAAAGAUUUAUGAUUAUGAUUCUAUAUAGAAAUGUCAUUUAUUUCAUGACAAAUAUGUUAAUAUUCUGUAUUAUUUUUUAUUUUAAAAUAUAUAAAUAUACUUUAUUA